AUGACUCGCCACGUCUCCUCUGAAUUUUACCUACAUAAACCUGUCAACGCUUCAACUCAGCUCACCUGUCGCUUCAGCUUCCUGUCACCGGAUUGGGACGCCAACGUACUCGAAUGUGGCGGCGCAGAUGGCGGCAUCCCGACGGGUCAGUUGACCUCCAAGGCUGGCUUCAGCAGUGAGGACUUCCACGCGAAGGUGACGGUGAUGCUGCUCCGGGCCUGA